AUGCCCUACGUCCCCCUGCACGAGAGGAUACCCCCGCAGCAGCAGUCGAUCCGGUACGCGUCCCCCGACCUUGAUCCGCGCGCGCACUUGUCCACCGACUCGCCGGCAAUGAGCGACAACGAGGCCGGCCCGAGCCGCAAGCGGCGGCGCGAUGAGAACGGCGGCGGCGGCGCACCAGCACAGCAGCAGCAGCAUCAGCCCCCGCAGGGAUACUCUCCCAGACCGCCAGCUGCUAUCCCGCCGUCCAUCUUUGGCAUCGCCCCGCGCAACGAGUUCACAAAGGUCGUCGGCGAGUUCAUCAUGGCCAACUGCCGCGGGCGCGAGAACGUCGAAGUCGAGAUCAAGCUCGGGUGGCUGUAUGCCCCUGGGGAGGGGCAGCCGCGGCGUAUAAGGAUGCCGGCGCUCACCGAAGCCAUCGUGCCCGGAGACUGGCCGAUCGGACGGUUCGCAUCAACAAUGGACAAGAAACAACACUUCGCACUCAACACGCUGCUGAAUCAGACGGUCGAGGGUUCGGCGCAGACGCCGACACCGCUCAAGUUCUUCCGCGCGCCCCAGGUAGACAGCUUCCACUCGGCGCCGGGGGGCAAGGUGCGCGUCUCGCGCGACCCAAACGGGCAGGUGAUCCCAGACGGCGUGGUGAAGAAGGCGAACAUUGCCCACAUGAACGUCUACUCGCCGCGCGAGGCGUUCGACUGGCGCGUAAGCUGCAACACUGAAACGCCGGCCGAGCUGCCCAACACGCCCGCGCAGAACAGCCGACAAAAGGACCGCGCAUGCUACCGCCACCAGCUGUGCCAGGUCGACUUGACCGUCGUCACCGCGAGAGAGGGCAACAGCGAUAGGGAACACCGCAGCUACGAGCUCGAAGUCGAGAUCCUCGACGUGCCAGGCCUCAUUGCCGAGGGGGAGAAGGAGGAGCGCGGAGAGCCAAACCGCUUCGACGAGAUCCUCCAGAGUGUGCUCGACACGGUCCGCAUGCUGAUCCGCAAUGUCUAG